AUGGGCAAGGACAUAAAGUCAUUUCCUCUUCCUGAUAUCGAUGAGGAAUUUGACAGUGCCACUGGUGUGGAAAGGGAGAUCUUCGAGGAGUCUAUGAUUGAGCCCAACGAGGAGGACAUAAAUCUAUCGGACUCACUUAAUAUAGAUCGAGAAAAAAGCCUGGAACGCAAUAUGAGGGCACAUAGUGACCCUUGGUUUGCGGAUUACCUACUGCGCAUCGGUGAUGGUAAGGAGGAAGCCAAUGGUGAUGGCGACAUCCGUCUUCCUGACGAGAUAUGUGUGCCGUGUACUGGGAAGAAGGGCUCCGACCUUGAUAAACUAAUAGACAGCGUGUUUCCCAGCCUUGGUGCUAACAUGUCAGACCCAAACUAUAUCACCUCCAGAGCAAUCUUGUCGACAAAAAAUGAUUGUGUUGAUAGGGUUAAUUUGAAGAUGAUCAAUCGAUUCCAGGGAGAACAGAUGGUGUACCGUAGCUUUGAUUCUGCGGUGGAUGACCCUCAUAACUACUACCCACCUGACUUUCUCAACACAUUGACCCCUACUGAGUCCGCCUCCACAUUCGUUGAAGUGAAGAUAAAUCGCCCUAUCAUAUUGCUCCGAAAUAUUGACCCCGCAAACGGACUUUGUAAUGGCACGAGGUUGGUGGUUCGAGGAUUCCAAAAGAAUGUCAUCGAUGCAGAAAUAGUUUUGGGCCAACAUGCUGGAAAGAGGAUCUUCCUGCCAAGGAUCCCACUUUGCCCCUCUGAUGAUGAAAUGUUCCCUUUUCAGUUCAAAAGAAAGCAGUUUCCUGUUAGGCUGAGUUUCGCCAUGACGGUUAACAAAGCACAGGGGCAGACUAUACCUAAUGCCGGUAUCUACUUGCCUGAGCCGGUGUUCUCUCAUGGGCAAUUGUAUGUCGCGCUAUCUAGAUCAACCUCUAGAAAGAACGUGAAGGUUCUUGUCAUCCCAGAUGCUGAUAACAAGAAAAAUAAAUCUAAUGAAAGCAAAAAGAAGAGGCGUCCUGUCGAUACCUACACGAAGAACAUCGUCUGGAAGGAGAUACUUACAUCUUAG